GGGUGGCCUUUACAGUGGUAACGUUAGUCUUAUCUAGCCACCACUAUUGCUGCUGUUGCUGUAUAACUUUGAGCUUGUUGAGGGCUGUCACAUGACGGAAUGUGCUAAAUAGAUAGAAAUGUGUGUAGCAGAAGAGAUCGGGCCUACUGUAACCGCGAGUAUGAUGUGGCGUUUCGUUUUCCAUACCAACUGAGCUGCGUUCGUCAGUAAAGGCGACUUUUUGAGAAACGGAGAUAGCAUUCGAAUUUCCGUUCCUUUUCGUUUUUCGAUCCACACUGACAACAAUACGCAGCGUUCCUGUAUCCAGUCUCAUUUUAAAAGGGACUUGAGAGUGAAAGGGAAUUUGGCAAGAUGGCAGCAAUGACAGGAGGGAUAGGACUAUGCAGGAAUUAAUCGCUUCCAUCACCCUAGCGCGCAGUGACUGUACGCUUUUAUCCGUGGCGGACAGCUUCAGUGUGAUGACGUUUGACCAGGUUCUCCGUGGCUAUUGACGAGGAGGUUCAAAUUGGUGUAUUCACUUGCCUUGCAUCAAUGCGGGAUUUGAUCUUGAACGCGCAAGGUAGGAAUGUGCAAUCCGCUCAUUGAUGAACGAACUCGCGCUACACAGUAGAUUACUCGUGAACGAACUGUAGUCAUUGUACUGUUGUUAUCAACAUUGCUCCAGGCGAGGAGAAAUACGACGAAUAUGCAGGCGAGGAGAAAUACGACGAAUAUGCAGCAACCCGUUUUGAACUGUUGCGGUUGUCAAAUGUAAAGUCGCUGUGGCUUGCAUAUGGAGCCAGGGAGAAUAGUCAUCGUUUAAUAGUUAUGGUGCUAAGACUUUUAUAAUGGUCCACGAGUAAUACGAUUAAAAUAUAUCCCGAUCAGCAUAGCGGUGCUUUUUUUUGCUCUACUAGAGGAUUUUCUCAAUUCACGCGAAGUUGAUAGUGACCCUUGGGCACUGCUGGUCUGGAAUAGCAACAAAGGCGGGGGCGCGCAUUCAUGGAAUGCGAAUUUGACAACUCUCCACUACUUAUCUACUGACCUUAUCAGCGGGCAGCAGGGACGUGCAAGUGACUGAAGGAGAGAUGGCCGAGGUUCCAGCCCCCAGCAUUCACACUGAGUUGGACGUGGCCAUAGACCCAGACUUCGAGCCACAAAAACGGCCACGAUCGUGCACAUGGCCGUUGCCCCGACCCGAGUCCAAUUCUGGCAAACCAGAGAGCAACGACACUGACAUUAUACCUGAGGAAGACGAUGAUGAAGAGGAACAACAUGCCACUUCCAUGGCCAUCAACCUCAAUGGCACCAGCUCCAGCCUGGGAGCAGACGACCAGAACAGCAACAGCCCUACUGCCGAAGGACUGCUGUCCAGACAGGAAAAUGGAGGCUCCCCGCUCCCCUCCCAGUCCCCCACGGCCACUUCUGGCACAGUCAGCACCAGCAGCCCGGGGGCGCAGACUGCACGGAAGUCCUCGUCGCGCAGAAACGCGUGGGGGAAUCUCUCAUAUGCUGACCUGAUAACCAAAGCCAUAAGCAGCACGCCAGACAAGAGAUUGACUCUGUCUCAGAUUUAUGAGUGGAUGGUGAGAUGUGUGCCGUACUUCAAAGACAAAGGUGACAGUAACAGCUCAGCUGGGUGGAAGAACUCCAUCCGGCACAACCUCUCCCUCCACAGUCGUUUCAUCCGUGUCCAGAACGAGGGAACGGGAAAGAGUUCCUGGUGGAUGAUAAACCCGGAGGGAGGAAAAGGUGGGAAGGCCCCCCGGCGCCGUGCUGUCUCCAUGGACAACAGCAACAAGUACACCAAGUCUGCCCGCGGCCGCGCAGCCAAGAAGAAGGCGGCCCUCCAGGCAGUGGCGGCAGGCGAGGGGGGCGGAGACAGCCCCUCAGGGCUUUCCAAGUGGCCGGGCAGCCCCACAUCACGGAGCAGUGAGGACCUGGAUGCCUGGACAGACUUCCGCUCACGCACCAACUCCAACGCCAGCACGCUGAGUGGGCGCCUCUCGCCCAUCCUGGCCAACCCAGAGCUGGACGAGGUGCCGGACGAUGAACCGCCGCUGUCGCCCAUGCUAUACUCCAGCCCUGGCAGGGUGCUGUCGCCCGGGAACGCCCCCACACCCAAUGGGAAGGCAGUACCCGCAGAGCUGCCUCGCUUGGCAGACCUGGCAGGAACCAUGAACCUGAACGACGGGCUGGCGGAUGACCUGAUGGAUGAGCUGCUGGAUAACAUUACUCUGGCCCCCAACCCAACCGGACCGACCACCCAGAGAGGAUCCACUGGGUUCAGCUUUGGCUCCAAGCCUGCUGGGCUGGGCUCCACCUCCUCAGCCGCCUCUCCCUCCGCUGCAUCCCCCUCUAAUGGUGCAAGCAGCGGCGGCUACAAUAAUUCCAUCUUCGGGCCCCUCGCAGCGGGUUCCUCCCUGCGGCCCGCCCCCAUGCAGACCAUCCAGGAGAAUAAGCAGACGUCCUUCUCCUGCAUCUCCCGCUUUGGCAGCCAGACCUUGCAGGACCUGCUCAACUCAGAGGGCCACAGCCACAGCGAUGUCAUGAUGACCCAGUCCGAUCCGCUGAUGUCACAGGCCAGCGCCGCCGCCGUCAUCUCCCAGAACUCCCGGCGAGGCCUCAUGCUCUGCAGCGACCCCAUGAUGUCCUUUGGGACCCCGGUUGCUGGACAGGGAGGGCAGGGAGGUCUCUUGCACCCUCUCAACCACAACCAGGGCUCCCUCAGGACCCUGAACGGGGGUCUGAGCCUGAACAACGAGGCCAACGCCAAGCAGCAGCUCCUGCACUCUCCACUGAGACUUGGAUCCAACGGAUCCUCUAUGAUGCAGAUUGAUUCGUCUCUCUUCCUGAACGGGAGCGCUGGUGGCAGUGGUGGGAUCUGCUCGCUAGGCCCCGACCGCUUUCCCACUGACCUGGACUUGGACAUGUUUAAUGGGAGCCUGGAGUGUGACAUGGAGUCCAUCAUCAGAAAUGAGCUGAUGGACGCAGAUGGCCUGGACUUUAACUUUGAGUCUCUGGCCAACCUGAACGGAGCCAACCUUGGCAGCUUCACCAGCACCAAGCAGGGACCUCAGAACUGGGUCCCUGGCUGAGAGGGAGGACUCGCUCUGGAGGUGGCGGAGCAGGUCCCAACUGUAAAGCAUGAGAAGAUCAGACACAAAAUGUCCUUUUUGCCAAACCUGCCAUCAGCACAACGUGGAAUAAAAACCCUCUGUUUACACAAGACCUCCUCUAGAGAAACCUACCUUUGCUCCCACUCUGACCAACCAUGAAUGAUUUCAAAGACACAGACUCACAAGACGCUACUGUCAGUUACUCAAAGCCUUCUGCAAAACAAACAAAUAAAAAAUAAACUAUGUGAAAUCUUCACAACAAGCUCAUCUCAGAAUUAUGCAAUCUUCCUUUGAGAAAAUACCAGUUGGGACAAAAUUAAUUGGAAAGAUUUCAGAGAGAGAGAUAGAGACACUUUUGUUUAUUUGAAGGGAUCUUGGGAUGGGAAAACAGGAAAUGUGGCAAGCAAGGUUGUAAUGUACAGUGAAGUAAUUCCUGUUUGAAAGAUGAAAAAAAAAGUAAUGUUGUGUGAAAUCUAAUACAGUGGUUUCUGGGGUGAGUUACCUUGAACAUCUUCCCUCUGUUUUCACUCAGUGAUUUUAAAUAUUUAAUUUUUGUUUUAAAUUCCUGUUUAUCAUCAUCACUGUAUCUGCACCACACCUGUUUGUAUAAAAAAGUAUUGAUUCAAUUGAAGGAAGGAGACAAUAUCUGCAUUUAAAAUGGCGACAACACACACAUGGUACACACACACACACCUCCCAAAAUGACAAGACUCCAUAGCCCCUUAGGAGCGAUGAUGACAUAAACAUAACGCCAUGCACUUCAGGUUUUGUUGUUUUACAUGAGUUUGAUUGAUUAGUUCCAUUUUUUAAAUUACUUAUAAUAAAAAUAAUGAUGAUG